GUUCUGGACUUGUUUUUAUUGGAACAAUUAAUCAUUUUUCUAUUUUUAUUUGUAAUAAUUAAUUUUUUUUCGUAAUUGUUUAUCAAAAUUUGUGUAAACUAUUGCUUGGAACUUUUAUCACAAGUGAAAUCAUCUAUUUAUAUAUUGUAUCAAUUUAUUUUUCACUUUGUUCUUCUCUCAAUUCUUUUUUUUUCUUUCAUCUUUUUCUUCCUAUAUUUGUCUUUCUCUUUCUUCUUUCUCUUUCACUUUCCCUUUCUCUUUUUCUCUCUUUCCAUUCAUCUUUUCCACUCCUCUGUUUUUGUAUCAAUUUUUUUUUCGGAGUGUGUGAUUACCUUGCAACAUGGAAGUAGAUUUAUCUCUUGAAGAGCGCUUAGCUCAAGCUAUGAUUGAUCUGAGGAAGGGGCAUACCCCAAAUACCAAAAACCCAUGUAACAUUCAUCAAAAACGAGAUUAUUUGAUUGAGACAAUCAAAAACAUUAAGAAAAACAUUGACCUUCUAAGGAGAGAGAAUAACAUUUUAAAAGAGCUAGAAGAGAAAACUGUAUCCAUAAGAUAUCAGAUUAAUCCAAUACGUGAAAUUGAUGCUCAUCUUAUAAAAAUCAAACAUGAAAAAUGUCAUGAUACUCGAGAUAUAUCAAUUCAAACUGAUCCUGUUUCCACACACUUACCAAAUAUACCUCAUAAAGCUGAAAAGUUUAAGAUUAUUAAUAAUUUAUCAAUCAGAGAGAGAAUGUUACAAGCAAAAUUGAGAAAUUUACAGUUGGCAACAAACCACAGAGGACAAAACUACAUUCUGCUGAAAAUGAGUGAAUAUAAAGACAUUGUUUCGCAAAUUGCAAGCAUGUCACCUGCAGAUUCUACCUCAUUCAGGGACAUGGAGAUUGAAAACGAUACCAAUAUUCCUACAACAAAUGUACAAUCAAAUUAUUUAUCAGGUGGGUCUACAUCAACAUCGACAAAAAUUGGAAUGACAAACACCACAAGCGGCAGCAAUAAUGGAAUGACUCGUUCUCAUGAAGAAAGUGAUGAUGAAGGUGUUCAACUCUUACUAUCCAUGAAAAGAAACGUAUUCAACUGUAAAUGCGGAGAAUAUUUGAAUUCAAUCACUGAUUGGAGUGAACACCAAAAGAUAUGCACCAAAUCAAGUGAAAAAACUAUUGGUGAGCAAUGUCAACUCUGUAAGAAGACAUUUUUGACUUGUGUAGCUCUUAAUAUCCACAGCACAAAGAAACACAACAAGAAGAAAGUAAGGACGGACUCGGUCAUGCAUUGUCCAUGUGGUCAAAGUUUCACAGCCAAAUGGAGGCAAAACUGUGUCCACAAACUAAAUAGUCAUGGACGACACUGUAAAGCAUUUAAAGAAAUAGAAACUCAAUGUUCCAUUUGUAAAAAGGGAUUCAUCGAUCGUAAAAGUCUCGAAUAUCAUGGACUAAAGGCUCACAAACUGGCGGUGCCAGUCAAUAGUUGAAUCAUUAAAUCUGCAAUCAGUUUAUAUCAGCAGAUGAUUGUAAGGGGCUAGUAAGGUUUUUUUUCCACAUUGAGAUGAGUGAGAGUGUGUGCUAAUUAAUUUACGUCAAUUAACUUCAACAAUAAACUUUUAUUUACAAAAACCUUACGAUUUGAUGUAAAAAUGCAAUCAUUGAUAAAUAAAGGUAAAAUAAUUCCAAUGA